AUGUCCGGCGAACAACGACGUGCAGGAAGGACGUACACCCGCUCCGUCACCAUCCGACGUGCAUCGACCCAGCCGGCAGCGCAUCAGGAGCGCGCAGAGCUCCUCGCGCCGUUCCUCGGACAAGUCCUCGUCAUGUACUAUGAACCAUCUGAACGAGUGGCGGCAAGCACCGAAAACGAUCUCAAGAUCCAUUGGCAUCGAUGCAAUCUGCAACGGACAGAAGCCGGACUCGCGCCGUUGAAGCGCGACGAGUUUGAGGCAUGGCAUCGGGAAACCCCUGGCUGCUGGCUACACGCGCCGGAGACGCGGGCAGCCACGCAGAAUCUGAUCCAUAAGGAUGACUGGACACGCGUGCGCAUGCUGCUAGACGCGCGGCAAGUCCGCUACACCCGCAUUAACGCGGCUGACACCCAGAUGCACGCGCUCCGCAACGCUCUCUGGGACAUCGCGGGCCAAAAGACUUUCCCGCUCAUAUUUCUGGACGGCGCCUGCCUUGGUGGCGCGUCCGCUCUGUCAUCAAUGGUUGCCAGCGGCGACUUCAGCAGCGUGUUCUCGCCUCACUUGCUGCCUGCUCCCACCGCACUGCCCACGCACGGAGCUUCCGGGAGGAAGGAGUCUAGAGAAGAGGGUGGCGCCAAUCAGUCGAGAGGAGCGGGGGGCUACAAGACUCUCGACACACCUUGA